AUGAAGGUUGAUUCUAGAGAUUAUUGCAAUGGUAUUGUGCAUUGGUACAAUCCUGGUGAUGUUUCAAUGUAUUUUGAUGUGUAUGAACAAUGCUUUAAGCCAGUACCUGAACCAACAUUUAGUGAUGCCUGCAUUGUUAAGCAUUUUGGGGAGUUCAAAGGGAAUUUACAUUUGGUGUUGACUAAGGGCGAUAACAAGUUGGAUUUUGAUGUUUUCAAGCUAAAGGAAGAUUACUCAAGUUGGGUUCUGAUAUACCAUGUGGAUUUGAAUCUUGGAAGGGAUGAAUUUUUUAUCAGCUUUCAAUAUCAUAUAGUAUGUGUUGUCCUUGAAGGAAAUGAAGAAGAUUGGAUGAUUGUGUUCUCUGUGGGUUCCAAAAUGGUGUCAUAUAAUCUAAAGGAUCAUGCUUCAAGGGUAGUCCAUGAAGUAGGUUUUAUGAGAGAAGACAGGGUGGGGAAAUCAUUUCAUUUGUACAUUGAGACUAUAUGUAAUGUCUAG